CAUUUUGUCCCUCCCGAAAGCCCCUCCUCUAUCAUUGAGCAGGGUUCCACAUUAAGGAAAGAAAAUAAGAGGAAAAACCCAUUUUCAAUUUAUCAACCAUCAAUUUUCAAUGUAGAUUGAAUUUGAUUGUAAAAAUACAGAGAGGAAAGAGGAUUCCAAUUUCAAAUAGAAAUCUAGAGGGUUAUUGAUCAAGAGGUGGAUCGUGCAUUAGCGGGGUCAGAGGAGAGAGAAAGACCCCGGUAAAAAAGAGAAUGCCAAGCGUAGCGGUGAAGUUAUACAGCGUUUUUUUCAAAUUCCUGUUGAAGCACCGUCUUCAGAAUCGAAUCCAAAGCACGGCAGAUGAAUCGGUGAACGGCAAAUUAAAUAACGGGUUCGGAGUCACGACUCGGCCUGAGGAAUCGGUGGUAGCAGCAAAUCCUGUGUUCACCGACAGCGUUGCUACCAAAGACAUCCACAUUGACCCUUCUACUUCUCUCUCCGUUAGAAUAUUCCUCCCUGAGACGGCUCUGUCAUCAGCACCGGAGUCCAGGGCUCCACCUAGGGCUUUCAAUAAACGAGUCGAAUCAAGUCAAGAAGAAUCCGGAUCUUUUAUCCGGAGGAAGAGCUUUGGACCGUCCUCCGUUGAUCCGGUCAACGGGGAUCAUUCUUCCAGGAGAAAUAGUUAUGGUAUUGUGGGUGUUGAAAAUGGGGUUUAUAGGGGUUACUUGCCGUCUAUUGAGCAUAGCAAGGGUGAUAAGUUGAGGAAAUUGCCAGUUAUGUUGCAGUUUCAUGGGGGUGGCUUUGUUAGUGGGAGUAAUGAUUGUGUUGCCAAUGAUUUCUUCUGUCGCCGGAUUGCCAAAUAUUGUGAUGUUAUCGUAUUGGCUGUUGGCUAUAGGUUAGCGCCUGAGAAUAGAUACCCGGCUGCUUUUGAAGAUGGUUGGAAGGUUUUGAAUUGGCUUGCUAAGCAGGCUAAUUUGGCCGAGUGUACCAAAUCAUUGAUUACUAGAGGUGCUGGUGGCAUAGGAGGUGGAGGUAGUGGCGACAGCGGCGCUGCUGGUGGCGAGAGUAAGAAAUCAGAUGUGCUUCGGCAUACUGUUGCGGAUACUUUUGGCGCAUCCAUGGUGGAGCCUUGGUUGGCUGCUCACGCAGACCCUUCCAGAUGUGUUCUCCUUGGCGUUAGUUGUGGGGCAAAUAUCUCGGAUUAUGUGGCUAGGAAAGCUGUUGAAUCUGGGAAGCUGCUCGAUCCUGUGAAGGUUGUGGCACAGGUUUUAAUGUACCCGUUCUUUAUUGGUAGCGUUCCUACACAUUCAGAGAUAAAGUUGGCCAAUUCAUACUUCUAUGACAAGGCUAUGUGUGUGCUUGCAUGGAAGCUCUUUUUGCCAGAAGAUGAGUUUAACUUAGACCACCCAGCCGCAAAUCCAUUAAUUCCAAAUAGAGGGCCUCCAUUAAAACUCAUGCCCCCAACCCUGACGGUGGUAGCAGAACAUGAUUGGAUGAGGGACCGCGCCAUUGCCUACUCAGAGGAGUUGCGGAAGGUCAAUGUGGAUGCCCCGGUUCUAGAGUACAAAGAUGCAGUCCAUGAAUUUGCUACCCUUGAUAUGCUUUUGAAGACCCCUCAAGCCCAGGCAUGCGCUGAAGAUAUUGCCAUCUGGGUUAAGAAGUACAUCUCAAUUCGUGGUCAUGAAUUCUCUUACUGAGUUGCAGAUUCUUAAAAGACGUUUUGAGAUUGCGUCUUUAAUGCUGCUCUUGAGCUCAUGUCUUCCGAGAUUAUAUUGGAGAGUCAAAGCUGCUGUAAUCAAAAUAGGGAAUCAUGCAUCAAAGGGGGAAUUUUCUUGUUUACCUUGAGUCAUUAGUCAUUACCAGUCUCUAUACGGUGUGGCAUUUUAAAGUCUUAUUCCAUUUGUUUUUUGGUUGUAACAUAGGGCUUGAUGGUGAUUGCGGAGUAGAAUUAGCCACUUGUAAUUUGCACUUGUAACCGCUGGUCACCAAUUGGUGACGCUUUGUGAAAAUUUUCUCCUGUAUUAAGCUGUACGGAUAUGAAAUGAACAUUCACUUAUGCUCCUCAAA